AUGGCACGACUUGAACGGGCAAAGAAACCAAGUAUUGGGGUUUUCACGAGAUGGGAUUUGAGAUCUUGCUUUUCCAUGAUCUGCUUUGAAGGGAGAUAUCUAUACGGCUUGAUACUCGGGUUCUUUUUUUCACAUGCAUGGGUUAGGGUAGGAUUCGAUAUGGUGCUAGGUCAGCAAGCAAGGCGGGUGUUGAGGGUUUGGUGUUUGGCGUUUUCUCGAGUUACAGUAUCUGAAGUAUCCUAUAGAAUAGCAGGCACUGAAGUAUCUAAAUCCGCCAAACAUUAUGAUAUUCUCAAUUACUUCCUCAAAGUGUUGAUGUCCAUCUUAGAGCCAAAGUGGAGCCAUGUUGGGAGCUUGGGCCACCAGCCGUCAAGGUAUCAAAGUGGGGCUCUUGCCUUGUGGAAUUUUUUAGGGAGCCAAGCAAAAGUUCAUGAAGCUUCUCAAUCUCAUAAACCUUUCUUUUCAUCAACCUCAUCAACGCCUGACACAAUAUCCAGCGAACUUUUUUCUGCUGUUCCGUCAAUCACACUUAGUUCACCAACCUUUCACCACAAACCACCACUUAGCAAAUCCGGAUUCGGACGGGCAAACAAUUUCACCACCAUGGGCAAACGCACCAAGCAAUACAAGAAGCUGAUGCGGUCCUUCCAGAUGCUCGGCUUCCGCGAGCCCUACCAACUCCUCAUGACGUCCGACAUUGUGCUCGACACGAUGAAACUGGACCUGAUGACCUUGUUCGAAAAGGCGCUGUCGACCAAGAGCCUCAAGCCGAUGAUCACGCAGUGCUGCAUCCGGGCCAUGUACGCGCGGAACAAGGAGCCGGGGGUGGCGGCGGCUAUUGAGCGGGCAAAGACUUUUGAGAGGAGGAGGUGCGGGCAUCUGAUGGACGAGGACCCGCUGACGGAGAGGGAGUGUGUGAUGGCGGUGGUGGACCCGAAGAGGAGGAACGAGAACAAGUUUCGGUAUGUGGUUGCGACGCAGGACGAGAUGCUGAGGGAGAAGCUGAGGGCUGUGGUGCCGACGCCGUUGAUGUAUGUCAAGAGGAGUGUGUUGAUUUUGGAGCCGAUGGCGGAGGCGAGUUUGAAGGUUAGGGAGCGGGACGAGAAGGCCAAGUUUAUGAGCGGUAUUACGAGAGGGACGCAUAAGAGGAAGAGAGAGGAUGAUGAGGAUCAGUCUGGGAGUGAUGAGGAGGAUGACGAGGUAAAGGGCAAGAGUUCGACACAGGGUGAGGACGACAAGCCGAAGAAGAAGAAGAAGAACUACGGCAAGAAGGGACCGAACCCAUUAGCGGUCAAAAAGGCAAAGAAGGUCACGGAUGGGCAGAAGGUGCAAAGGCCUGGGAAAGAAGAGACAGAAGCGCCAGCUGCGGAGGUAGCGGGCGAGCACAAGGCCAAGAGGAAAAGAAGGAAAAAGGCUAUGACUGGUGAGGGCGCUAGUGAUAAGGAGAUCUCGGCUGCGGUUGAUGCUGCGAUCGCGGGUGGGGAUAUGCAGGACUGAGAGGACGAUGCCAGGCUGUAUAGGCCUGCAAUAGGCCCGUGGCUGACAUAGACUUCUGGCAUCACAUGGGCGAAAGAUGUAUUGACUUUGAUGUAUUAACUACGGUUUUGCUGGCAUAGAUGCUAGCAGAAUAACAGUUGUAUUUGGCGUCUGGAGCACGUGC